GAGUGAGGAGGUAAGGAAUGUGCUUUCUUAAGUGGGCUUGUGUAGGAGAGAGAGAAGACAGAGAAGAGGAGAAGAGAGCUUCUCUGCAAAUUUUUCUUUGCUGUUACUCAUUCUAACUGGCAAAAUGAAAUUUUAAUCCUAAAUACCCUCACAAAUCGCCUCAAAGCAUGUCCUCAUUCCUCCAUUAAUGCUCACUUCUUCUCCCCUUUCCUCCCUCAUUUAUAGCUAUGUAAAUAUACUCAUUCCCCACUUUACGCUGGGAUCUCAACUUCAAGCUACGUUUUGAAGCUGAAGGAGCUGAACCCAUUUUCACUCUUCUUUCUAAUAUUUUAGCUAGGGACUGGGGAUGUUGACGUGUAUAGAUUGUUCAAAGCAGCUUAACAAUGGAUCUCUGCACCACAGAGAGAGAGAAGAUGAUGAUGCUAUGGGGACACCUAGGACCAAGCAGGCCAUCAAGGCUAUUACUGCUCAGAUAAAGGACAUAGCAGUAAAGGCAUCUGGAGCGUAUAGAAACUGCAAGCCUUGUUCUGGACCAUCAAACAAUAAUCCUAAUGGGAACUAUGCUGAUUCUGAUGUUGCAUCAGAGUCAGCAAGGUUUCACUACUCAUAUCAGAGAGCGGGGAGUUCUAAUUCAACCCCGAGAAUGUGGGGGAAAGAGAUGGAGGCUAGACUGAAAGGGCUGACAAGUGGUGAAGGAACACCUGCAUCAGUUAGUGGGCGAACAGAUUCUGUGGUGUUUAUGGAGGAAGAUGAGCCUAAGGAAUGGGUUGCGCAAGUAGAACCUGGUGUGCUUAUCACCUUUGUUUCUUUGUCCCAGGGUGGGAAUGAUCUCAAGCGAAUUCGUUUCAGUCGUGAAAUGUUCAACAAAUGGCAAGCUCAAAGAUGGUGGGCUGAGAACUAUGACAAGGUCAUGGAACUAUAUAAUGUUCAGCGCUUCAAUCAGCAAGCAGUCCCACUUCCUACCCCUCCACGAUCUGAAGAUGAGAGCUCAAAGCCUGAAUCUGCCAAGGACAGCCCUGUGACUCCACCACUAGGCAAAGAACGCCCUCGCAAUUUCUGCUGCCCUACAGGAAUGGGCUAUUCUUCAUCAGAUUCACUUGAUCAGCAGCCAAUCCAGGUCCAUCAAUAUUAUGAAUCAGCAGCUCUUGCUUCAACCCCAAAGCUCUCAAGCAUAAGUGGGGCUAAAAGUGAGGCAUCAUCGGUAGGGGGUUCUGCUAGGUCUAGUUUGUCCAGAGAGGCAGAUCACUCUGGAGAGCUUUCAAUCAGUAAUGCAAGUGAUAUGGAGGCUGAAUGGGUUGAACAAGAUGAACCAGGAGUCUACAUCACAAUUAGAGCACUGCCAGGUGGCACUCGAGAGCUUAGACGUGUCAGGUUCAGCCGGGAAAAGUUUGGUGAAAUGCAUGCAAGGUUGUGGUGGGAAGAGAACCGAGCGAGGAUACAAGAACAGUACUUAUGAGUCUAGCAAACUGAUGGGGUGGUGCUCAGAAUUAGUGUUACUGUUUAGUCCUUUCUACUGACAUAGUUAAACAUUCUAUGGGCAUAGGGACUUAAUUGGUGAAGCCUGUCUGGACUGCGACCUGGCCAACUUAGUCUGCUUAAAGUAGAUCUUGCUUAGCUUUUGUUACUUUUCCUUCGUAUUUUAAUUUCAGGGGAAUGAUGUGCAAUUGUUUGGAUACUUUGUAGUUUGGCUAAAGGAUGCAGAGUUAGAAAGCUGGUGCAAAAUGUUAAUUAUGAUGUUCAUACGUGACUUUUUAGUAAUUUACUGCCUCUCAAGACUCGUUCCAUUUUA